AUGGAGAAAAGAGAAUUGACAACAGAAGAUGUGGUAAAUGAAUUGGAAUGUGCAAAGACAGAUAGGGAUGAACUUCGUCAACGAUGUAAAUAUUUUCGCGAUCGACAUGCUGAAGAAAAGGAGAAGAUAAACAAAAAUUGGUGA